UCCAGCCCGCGGCGGCCACAACUUGGGACCCGCUUUCUCCAGCCGCCUGAGACGUCGGCUCGCCCCCUCUGCUCGGGAAAGGGGGUCAGCGGCGACGGGCGCGGAGAGGGGCCACCCGUGGGAAGUGCUGACCCCUGCUGCCCUGCUGCCAAGUUCUUGCUGAUUUUAUAUAAUUAUACUAGUCACCACUCAUCGAGCAUUGCCAUGAGCCCGUCACUGUCCUGGGCCCUGGAUACCUCCUGUGCAGCUAAGAUGGACGCUCCUGCCUGUCGCCCCUCACUGCCCAGCGACCCCUCGCUCAGGUCCUUCAGCCAGGGGCCGGGGAUGGAGAUGCGUGGAGGCUGGCGCCUCGGAGGCUGUCUGGCCCUGCUCUCACUGCUGCCGUCGCUGGGCCUGGCUCAGUAUGAGGGCUGGCCCCACUACCCCGAGUACUUCCAGCAGCCGGCCCCUGAGUACCCCCGGCCCCAGGUGCCACCAGACGUGGUGAAGAUCCAGCUGCGCCUGGCCGGCCAGAAGCGAAAGCACAGCGAGGGCCGGGUGGAGGUGUACUACAACGGCCAGUGGGGCACCGUGUGUGAUGACGACUUCUCCAUCCACGCGGCCCACGUCGUCUGCCGGGAGCUGGGAUAUGUGGAGGCCAAGGCCUGGACCGCGAGCUCCUCCUACGGCAAGGGGGAAGGGCCCAUCUGGUUGGACAAUAUCUACUGCACGGGCAAGGAGGCCACCCUCGCGGCCUGCUCCUCCAAUGGCUGGGGCGUCACCGACUGCAAGCACACCGAAGACGUGGGUGUGGUGUGCAGUGACAAAAGGAUUCCUGGUUUCAAAUUCGACAAUUCGUUGGUCAACCACAUAGAGAACCUGAACAUCCAGGUGGAGGACAUCCGGAUCCGAGCCAUCCUGUCGGCCUACCGCAAGCGCACCCCUGUGACAGAGGGCUAUGUGGAGGUCAAGGACGGCAAGACCUGGAAGCAGAUCUGUGACAAGCACUGGACAGCCAAGAAUUCCCGAGUGGUCUGCGGCAUGUUUGGCUUCCCUGGGGAGAGGACGUACAACACCAAAGUGUACAAGAUGUUUGCGGCCCGGAAGAAACAGCGCUACUGGCCCUUCUCCAUGGACUGCACAGGCACGGAGGCCCACAUCUCCAGCUGCAAGCUCGGCACUCAGGUGUUGCUGGACCCCGUGAAGAAUGUCACCUGUGAGAAUGGGCUGCCAGCCGUGGUGAGUUGUGUGCCUGGCCAGGUCUUCAGCCCCGACGGGCCCUCGAGAUUCCGGAAAGCCUACAAGCCAGAGCAGGACCGUGUGUCUCUUCAGCAACCCCUGGUGCGGUUGAGAGGUGGUGCCAACAUCGGGGAGGGCCGAGUGGAGGUGCUCAAGAACGGAGAAUGGGGUACCGUCUGUGACGACAAGUGGGACCUGGUGUCUGCCAGCGUUGUCUGCAGAGAGCUGGGCUUUGGGAGUGCCAGAGAAGCCAUCACUGGCUCCCAGCUGGGGCAAGGGAUAGGACCCAUCCACCUCAAUGAAAUCGAGUGUACCGGGAAUGAGAAGUCCAUUAUAGACUGCAAAUUCAAUGCCGAGUCUCUGGGCUGCAACCACGAGGAAGAUGCUGGCGUGAGAUGUAACAUCCCUGCCAUGGGCUUCCAGAAGAAGCUGCGCCUGAAUGGGGGCCGGAACCCCUACGAGGGCCGGGUGGAGGUGCUGGUGGAGCGGAACGGGUCCCUCGUAUGGGGGACGGUGUGUGGCGAGAACUGGGGCAUUGUGGAGGCCAUGGUGGUCUGCCGGCAGCUGGGCCUGGGGUUUGCCAGCAACGCCUUCCAGGAGACCUGGUAUUGGCACGGAAAUGUCUACGCCAACAAGGUGGUCAUGAGCGGGGUGAAGUGCUCAGGAACGGAGCUGUCCCUGGCCCACUGCCGCCACGACGAGGACGUGGCCUGCCCCCAGGGUGCAGUGCAGUACGGGGCCGGAGUUGCCUGCUCAGAAACUGCCCCUGACCUGGUCCUCAAUGCGGAGAUUGUCCAGCAGAGCACCUACCUGGAGGACCGUCCCAUGUUCAUGCUCCAGUGUGCCAUGGAGGAGAACUGCCUCUCAGCCUCGGCCGCCCAGACCAACCCCACCACAGGCUACCGACGCCUUCUGCGCUUCUCCUCCCAGAUCCACAACAACGGGCAGUCUGACUUCCGACCCAAGAAUGGCCGCCAUGCGUGGAUCUGGCACGAUUGCCACAGGCACUACCACAGCAUGGAAGUGUUCACCCACUAUGACCUCUUGAACCUCAAUGGUACCAAGGUGGCCGAGGGCCACAAAGCCAGCUUCUGCUUGGAGGACACAGAAUGUGAAGGAGACAUCCAGAAGAACUACGAGUGUGCCAACUUUGGUGAGCAGGGCAUCACCAUGGGCUGCUGGGACAUGUAUCGCCAUGACAUCGACUGCCAGUGGGUCGACAUCACCGACGUACCCCCUGGAGACUACCUGUUCCAGGUCGUCAUUAACCCCAACUACGAGGUUGCGGAGUCUGACUACAGCAACAACAUCAUGAAGUGCAGGACCCGUUACGACGGCCACCGCAUCUGGAUGUACAACUGCCACAUAGGUGGUUCCUUCAGUGAAGAGACGGAAAAAAAGUUUGAACACUUCAGUGGACUCAUAAAUAACCAGCUCUCCACACGGUAAAGCACGAGGUCACCUCCUGUCUUCGGGCCGCGGUGCAUCUUCCCCGACAACUGCAGUCUGACGGAUGGCCACCCUCCCCCCUCGUCCAGCCCAGCCCCUGCCCGGUCCCGACCCCCGGCGGCCACGUCCAAGGCUCGGGGGGACGCGGUGUGCCUGUCAUCUGCUGGGGGCUGCUGCCUGACCUCUGGAGCCUGGGACGACCUGGGAAGACCUCCAGGGUGGGGCCUGACGACAGGGUCGUGGGCACCAAGAGCCAUCUUGUCUGGGACCCCAGGAGCACAGUCAGCAGCAGUCUGCCCCGCCGAAACCACGGGCCACCCUGAGUAGGACACCACCCCACUCAACUCACGACAGAUAAAAUGCCAUGCUGGUGGUGGGAGCUAUCAACCCAAGGCGGUCAGGCUGAAUUCCAUUUUUCCUCCCCUUAGGUCAUCUCCAGCCAACCUGAAUAUCUAGACCUCUCUUCCAAUUAAACAGACUGCCUCUACUCUGUUAUAUUCACAUAUACAAAUAAUGCUGCCACGUGUUUUCUAAUUAGGUGAGCUCAGAGUUGGUGCUUUCCCUCCCCCCUUCUAAAUCCUCUUACAAGAUACCAUUAUUAUAUUUUCACAGACUUUGAAACACGAAGUAAUUUAGUGGCAUUUAAUAUUGGGCAUCUGGGCCUCUGAAAGUAUAGCUCAAAAGAAAAACCAUCCCACCUGUGUAAGUGACUCAUCUUUCUGUUGUUCCAAUUCUGUGGGUAACUGAUUUAACGGUGCUAUAACCAGGGUCCUGGGUGAUAAGGACACCCACCGAGCGCCAUGUGUCAUCACAGACACUUACACAUACUUGAAACUUUGAAUAAAAGGUUUAUGAUACGCAUCUGUGUUUCAUUUGGGCCCCUGCACCCAGCCCUGAGCAGCAGAGCUCCCGUGGAUGGUAGGCGGGGAGAAAGCCUUACACACCCUCUCAGGUUCACGCUGCAGAGACGGGUUCCCGGGGCGCCUGCAGUAACCACCACGAAGACCGACUCCUGCCUUCCGACAGCAGCAGUCUAAGGAUCACAAAAAACACCAAGUCCUGACCUUUCCUGAACUAGUGUUUUUCAUGAGUCUGUCGGGGCACGGCAGCUAUGUGAGGACAAGAUGGGACAUCCAGAUUUAGAUUUAAACUGUCUUGGGAGGCGCCCACAAAGCCGGUGGCUGGGCCGGGCUCUGAGGGGGGCGGUGAUGCAGAGCGUGCGCACCAGCACCAGCAGGGGUGAGCUCUUCCCAGCGCGGGCAGGGUGGGCAGCCAGGGUGGGCCACUCUCACCUGGGCACGGGGGCUCCCCCUUCUAUCAAGAGCAUGCUGCGGCCCAGCAAAUCGGAAGGCCCCAAGUAGGGCCACCUGGGCACCAAUUACACCCAAACCAGAAACACGAGUGACCCGAGACCCUGUCCCCGAAGAUGCCCUUGUCCCUUUGAGGGAGUCAAAUUCAGCGGCCAUUUCAGGGGUUGCCUCUGGCUUUGUUCAUGGUUACAGAAUUGCACAACAAGGCCUUCUGUAACCCACAGCAGCAGGUAACACUGGGACCAGGUCCAAGGGUUGGUGCCCUGCAGCACGUGACAGCAGGUUAGGAUGCCUGACUGCCAGGAGACUAGGCAGGUGUCACACAACAGGUGCAACCUGCUCCCCCCACC